CGGCUCCGUUUUGUUUAGUGCUCUGGCUCUAGGUUUGUUGUGACGACGAAAAUGAACAUGUGUGGUUUAUGUAAUCGUACUUGUUGUCAGGAUUCCUGGCUUAUAUAAAACAGAAUAAAUGUAUAUAGCACUGAAAGGUUUGUUCGAUAUUCCGUUGCGUAAAAAUAUACAGAACCAGUUGAUUUUAAAUUUAUGCAACAAGGAAAAUUAAAUAAAGUACUAAUACUAUCUAGACUGUGAUAGUGAUAGAGCAAGGCCUGCAAGGAAAUUAAAUCCAUAGGCCAUUUGUCAUUGGCGCUGAUAAUGAUUAGGCUAAGUCAGUACUAAGGGCAAGGCUCCGGCAAGGGGUUUACACUUAACUUGACUCCUAAGUACUGUAGGCCUACUUGGACUGGAGAGUCGGUAUGCACUGUGUGUUUAUUUUUAUAUUAAUUAUUUAAAUUUAUGUACUCAUUCUCAUACUCAUUAAAAAUUAAGUCAUAAUAUUAUAUAAUAUAUAUUAUUUAGUCACUUUGACUGUUAUGAUAAAUUAUGACUCAAGACAUCAGACAUUAAAAAUUAAAGCUGAUGACAAAAGUCUAAAGUCUAAAACAUUGUUAACUCAAUGUUCACUGCUAAUUACUAAUGUUACUCACACUAUACUUAUACACCACUAUAGACUAUAAAUAUAGUAUACUGUAUACUAUUACUAUGUCUUACUUUAGUGGAUAAAUGUAUUUAUUAUUGGGCACUCCUCAGAACGGCUAUCCCAAAUUAAAAAUUGACUACUUUUCGUAAGGAAGUGUCCUAAUACCAGCCAAAUAGCUGUCCAUAAUUGGUGCCUUCAUUUUUUAAAUCAAAUUUUGUUUGCAGACUAAUUAUUGCUUGUAAUAAUUAUAUUAUAUAAAAUAAACAAUACCAUGUCCAUAUUUCAAAUAAUUUUUUGUCAGGAAACAUUCUAAAAACUUAUGACUCAGAAGGCAUUUCAUUGUAAUGUUUGGUUUGGUUAAAGUGGCUUGCUGAAAACAGUCUGAUAGCCUACAAAAAAGCAAUUCAACAGAGAUAAUUUUUUUUUUAAUCUCUCCUGCCCUUGUAUUUUUUUUUAUGUUUCUUCUUCUUUAAAAAAAAAAAAUUUCUCUGAGAAGAUGGUGAUGAUGAAGAGGCUGAUGAAGUUCAUAAAAAAAAGAAUAAAUUUAAAUAGAGCAUUAGUCAUUAGACAUAAACAAAUACGUCACCAAUUAUCAGCGGCUAUUAGACUGAAAGCUGAACACUUUCUAUCGAAUAGUAUUCUAUUUUUAAUUUGGGACUGCCGUUCUGAGGAGUGCUGUCCGCUCAAUUUUAAACCAAGUUUAAUUUUAAGUUACAGUAUUUUCUAUAUACAGUAAGAGGUUAAUAAUCUGGACAUCUAAAUUCCGGCCUGCUUAAUUAGAAACAUAUUUUCUGGGGAGCAAGAAUCUCAGUGGGAUAAAAGUAGUAUUGGCUUACCCUAAACCUCCUUAAAUAUUGUCUCAUUUUUAACUUUAUGUUUUAUUUUUUUAGGAAAUGGGUAAGGGUUCCAAAGCUCAAAAUGGUACUUCACACCUCAAUCAACUAAUAACAUUUGAUGAAGUAAGUCGGCACAAUAAAAGAGAUGACCAGUGGAUUUUGAUAAAUGGAAAGGUUUACAAUGUCACAGAAUUCGCUAAAAAGCAUCCUGGAGGUGCUAAAAUUCUCAAUCAUUAUGCAGGGGAGGAUGCCACGGUAAUUAUAUUUUAAAAAAUUAUUUAAAUAAAAUUCUAAGCAAUGAUGCACAGCAUAAAGCUGGUUACACAAUUUUGAUGCCCUCUAAAAUGUCACUCAUUAUCAUGUAAUUGUAUUUGGGACUGGGGGGACAUAAUACUCUACCUUGUAAGGAGUGACAAGAUGUUGAAAAAUUAUAAAAUAAAAGUUAAAUAUUAUUCCUAAAGAUCAAUUUCAUCCACUUAUAAGUUAGAACAUAGAUUAUGCAUAGUGCAGCAUAGAUUAAAAAAUUAUGUGUUUAUGUUUUAGCUACCAAUGAAAAGGCUUUAUUACUAUACAUUAUCUCCUACUUACCUCAAAACCAAGAUAAAACCUACUGGUAGGGAUGUCUGGCCUAGGAAUGUCUGGCCUCCACAUGAUAAGAGUGAGAGGGAGAAACAUUGGUUUCCAUUUGCAAAGCUUUCCAAUAUGUGUAUAUAUAUUUUUAAAAAAAAGUCUGUACUUUUUUUGUACAGGAUGCAUGGGUGGCCUUUCAUAAUGACAAGGAAAAAGUCAGUAAAUAUCUUAGUACUUUGUAUGUGGGGGAUGUCACAGAUGUGCCUGUGGUGAGUUGACUCUGUCAUUUAUUUUAUUUUUAUACACAAAAAUUAUACCUUUAUUCGAAUACUGGCAGGAUUUUAUUUUACUUAUUUGAGUUUUCAGCUCACCCAAGACAUUCAUAAUAAUGUUCGCUAGAUAAGAAAAUAUCAGUAAAAGUAAGAAAUUUUUAACAUCCAUUUAAAAGGGAUUCAGGAAUUUUGCAUCUAAUUUUUAAAAAAAGUUUAUAUAUAUUUUUUUUAGAUUUUUAAAACACUAAAGCAUUAACAUCAAUAAGGAAUCUUUCAUUUAAUGAACUGAGUAUGAGAUGACUAUGUUAAUUGCAAUUAUUUAUGUUGUUUGUGGAGUGAACAUGUUGAAUAAACUUAUACCUGUACUGUAUCUCUGUACACACAAAUUAAAGAAAGGAACUAUUUACAUUUUUUACUGGUGCUCUAUAGCAGUCAGAAUAUGAAUCUUUUACUGGACUUUUUUUUUUGCUCACAUAAAUGCAGAUUGCAGUAUUCAUAAAUGCCAUAGAUCCGUAAAAGCCCUCUUGGUUAACUAUUUUGGAUGACUAUUUUAUUCACACAGAAAGAAAUCAAAGAAGAGUUUCGCCAGCUCCGCAAGUUAGUUGUCGAGAAGGGUUGGAUGAAGCCUGAACCGCUGUUUUACAUUGUUCACUUUUUACAAAUUGUAUUCCUUGAGGCAGCAGCUGUCUGGUUUCUAUGGUAUUUCGGCACCAGCUGGUACAUGAUUCUCACAACCAUGUUGAUCUUAACCACCGCACAGGUAAAAAUAAAUAAUCACUUAAAUUAUGCUGUGAUUCAAUAACCUAAUUAUGCAUUUGACAAAAUCUAAUCACAACGAACAUUUUUUAAAAAAUGAAUUGCUAAUGAGAACUACAGAAAGGUACAUUAAAUAUUGAUAGCUAUAAAAAUAAAUAAUAAAAAUUGUGUCGCCUUAUAUGACAGAUAGUGUAGAUAUGAUCUUUUAAAUAAUCUCACAGCAUUGGACUAAACAAUGCCAUGCCCACAUUUUAGUUUGGAGUUGAUAAAUUAUUUAUGAUGAUUUUCUCCCAUCUGCUGAUAAUUGCUUUAAUAUAAAUAGAACACCUCAAUAAAAUCUCCGGAACUUAUAAUUAGAAUUAUGGAAGGGAUACAUAUUUAUUUAGCCACAUUCUUAUUAUUAUGGAAGUCAAAAUUAAGGAAUAUACUGUUUUAAACAUAAGUGCUGAAUGGUGGGCAAAAGUAUAUACCCAGAGUAAGCCAGGGGAUGAUACUUUCUGUUUGGAGUGUCACAUACUGUUGCCUAACCCUAAAUCAGUGAAAGAAAAUGGGAAGAUAGUAUGUACUGUCAAUUUUCUCCCUGGGAUUCAUGUUAUUUAUACCGAUGCCUGUUGUUUCUGCCUGCUUUUUGUGAACACUUUAUUUAUCCCAAAUUGUCAUUUACUCGUCUGACUUAUUCCAGUCCAACCCUCUGCUAGUUACUGACUCUGAUUGUGGCAAAUUUAAUCUUACCAUCUCCAGGCUCAAGCAGGUUGGACACAACAUGACUAUGGUCAUCACAGUGUGUUUCCAGAUGUCUGGCGUUCCCAUUUAUUUCAUCAUCUGACUAUAGGUUUUAUGAAGGUAAGAGAAGUCAGAUCUCACUUAGGAUAAUUUAUUCAAACAUAUAACUGUAGGUCUUUUGAAAUUCUGGUGGAAAUGUUGGGGGUGAGGGGUAUCCAUUGAAAGGUUCAUUAGGGACUAUUUUCUAUAAUAUUGAGGAAUUCAUGUGCUUCACCAGUUACCAACAAAAGUUUUUUUAAGUAUUAGUUUUAUGCUUUAAGGAAAUGUUAUAUCUCAAAGAAAUUUUAAAUUGAGCAUUAUAAUAAGAAAAACAGCUCUUAAUAGAGAAAAAUUGUAUAAUAAGCACACAAUAAGAUAGAAUAAGAAGAGUUUUUAAAAAGUCAUACUAAAGCAUUAAAAAAACCCACAAAAGAAACAUAAAGCUAAAGAAACCACUUAAAACAAUCAUAGAAGGAAAACACAAAAAUUCUAUUAAAAAAAGGAACUUGCAAUAAAAAGAGAUGAAAAAAACAGCUUCAUUCUAAUUUUGAUUCUUCCAGCCUCAUGAACUAUAGUUCUCUCAGCCUCAUAUUAACUAUGGUUCUCUCAGCUUCAUGAACUUUGGUUAUCUCAGCCUCAUAUAAACUACCGGUACGGCUUUCUCAGCCUCAUAUUAACUAUGGUUCUCUCAGCCUCACGAACUAUGGUUCUCUCAGCCUCAUUAACUAUGGUUCUCUCAGCCUCACGAACUAUGGUUCUCUUAGCCUCAUUAACUAUGGUUCUCUCAGCUUCAUGAACUUUGGUUCUCUCAGCCUCAUAUAAACUAUGGCUCUCAUAGCCUCAUUAACUAUGGUUCUCUCAGCCUCAUAUUAACUAUGGUCCUCCCAGCCUCAAAUUAACUGAAAAGAUUUCUUCCAUUGUCUUAUUGAUUAGUAUCAGUUGUGUACUUAAUAUUUCAGGGAGCUUCAUCGCACUGGUGGAACUUCAGGCACUUCCAGCACCAUGCCAAGCCUAAUUUGAUUAAAAAAGAUCCUGACAUCGAGAUUGCCUAUUUGUUUCUGAUCGGGGACAAGCUGCCCGUGGAGUUUGGCAAGAAGAAAAAGGGUUUCAUGCCUUACCAAUGGCAGCAAGAUUAUUUCUUUUUAUGUAAUUAUCUCACAUUUUGCCUUUUCCAUUUACCUAAGCAGAGGUUCAUACCACAGAAAGGAAAUAGUUUCAUAUAACAAAACAAAAACAGAUUAUGUGUCAUAUUAGUUGUUGUAAGAAAUAUCUGCAUUUAUGUCACAAUUUUAAUUAUAAUGUACAUGAGUUUAAUAGACUUUAUAAAAACAAAUAAUUUCAUGCUAUUCAAAUGUUUGGCAGAGUAGUAACAGGUUUAAUUAAAUCAUUUUUUUUUAUUACAGUAAUUUAAUUUGAGUGGUCAUAGUUCAUUUUUUUAUUUUUCAGUGGGUCCUCCAUUAUUGUUACCAAUCUACUUCCAUUUUGAAAUAAUUUACUUCUGCAUCAAGAGGAGGGAUUGGCUUGUAAGAGGUUUAUUCAUUUUUUAUUUUACAGGCUUUUUAAAUUUAAAAAAAAUAAAUGCAAUUUAAACAAUAUAUGUAAGAAAAGAAAAAAAGAAGAUAGAAAAUUGCAAAUAAAACGUAUAAUAUUUAAAUUUGUAUUUGACACUUAAGUAUUUUUGUUAAAAUUUAUUUUUAGGACCUGGCUCUGGCCAUAGCUUUUUUCCUGAGAUUUUUCUACUUGUUUACACCAUUUUUUGGUGGCUGGGGCACAUUUGGGUUUUAUAUGGGGAUGAGGUAAGUAGAUGGAUGUAAGAUUUUAGAAAAAUAAUUUAGAUCUGUCUAAAUGUAAUCUUUUGAGUUAGGAAAAGCUAUGAGAAGAGCUAAUGAAUUUUAAAUAUUCGUGUAUGUUUCUUAGUUCAUUACCUGACAGUAUAAAUAUUUAUGUUUAAAUCUUGCACCAGUCCAUGGUACAAUUUUGAGAUUUGUCCACCAGAAUGCCAAACUUUAAGCAAAUGCUGUGUUGUACAAAAGCUUGUCAGAUUCCAUUUGUUACUAUUGUAUUAAAUACUCUUAAUCGGUGUAUAACUCCAUUACUUUCAGGUUUUUUGAAAGCCAUUGGUUCACCUGGGUGACCCAGAUGAGCCAUCUGCCCAAUGAAGUUGAUUGGGACAGCAAAGAUCUUGAUUGGUUUCAAAUGCAGCUUAGGUCAUCUUGUAAUGUCAAGCCUGGUUGGUUCAACGACUGGUUUUCUGGCCAUUUGAAUUACCAGAUUGAACACCAGUAAGUGGUUUUUGUGGUCAGCUGACACUUAGAUUGCUCCACUGUAAAGAAGUAGAAUAGUUUUAUGUUUGAGGAUUUUAACAAUUUCAAUUAUAUGACUUUCUUUUUCUCUGAUUGAAAGCUGAUUAUUAAUUUUAAUAAAUCUAAUUAGAGUAAGUUAAAAAUGAAAGCCGAGUAUUAAUUUUAAUAAAUCUUAUUAAUUAGAGUAAGUAAAAAAUUAUUUUAUAGAUUUACAUAAAAUAUUCUAAAGUUUAAUGACUUGUUAGUAAAAAUCGAAUUUCCCACAAGGAAACGCUUAGCUUGUUGGCAGAAAAAAAUGUUUUAAAGACUGUCAAAAAGCUUCUCUCAAAUUCAUGGACAUUGAUCGGAAUUUCUGGGAAAUGUGUGCCAUGGAACAUACAAACUGGCGAGGCGGACUCAUUAUUAGAGCACAAUCCUCAGCGUAAAUGCACCCUUCACACUCAAAGAAAGUGCUAAGCAAGGAAUAGCAGAAUCGACUCCAAUCAUAUUAGGAUCCCAAAACAAGUGUGUUCUACAAGCUGGAAAGCUUUCCAGGCACAGAUAGAACUGGCAAGCCUCUUGCGUAAUCACAGUUGAAUAUAGCCUUGGGCAUCUUCUAUUGCGAAGGAUAAACAGAUCUGUUAAAUCCUACGCUUUUGCCAUAUUAACUAGUUUUUAUGCAUAAUAAAUACUACGUACUGCACUAUGAUAAGCCUAUAAAAAUAUAUUUUUGAGAGGUUUUUCCGUUUGGUUUAUUUGUAAUAUAAAUAUAAUUAAUUGGUUUGUUUUCAGUCAAAAGUUACUGCAUUUUUUGUUUCUUUUUGUGAAGUAGAAUACAAAAAAUGGUGAUUGGCCUUUUGCUCUAGAUCUCAAUGAGCCAACCAGAAUAUUUUUCUUUUCAAGGGUCCGUUAAAUUUAAACAGUCAUAAACAUUCAAAUAUCUUCUUUCUGCAGUUUAUUUCCAACCAUGCCUAGAUGCAACUACCACAAGGUGGCCCCACUGGUCCAGUCUUUGUGUAAAAAACAUGGAAUAGAGUAUCGAAACAAAACCCUGUUUAAUGCAUGCGCCGACAUAAUCAGGUAUUUAUGAAUGUAAAUAACAUAACAGCAGUAAAUGGAGGGACAAAUAGUUACUGAUUCACAUUAAAUGUCUAGCAAUAAAUUCAAAGCCAGACUAAUAAUAAUUUAUUUUUUUUUUUUAAACGGUAAAUAAGUUAAUACUGGUAAAUGGAACUAAAUAAAAGUAAUCAUUUUUAAUGAAUGUAUUGAGAAGUAAUUAUUUUUCUUUUUUUAAACUUCAGAAUGCUGCGAAAAUCUGGACAACUCUGGUUUGAUGCAUACAAUGAAUAGUCCAGAACUAGAACUUAGUUACACCUACGGCUCAAACUUGUUUUCAGAUAAUGCAUGCAAAUUUUGUGUUUUUUUAAAAUUCAUGUCAACAUUUUUUUGUACCUCUAUGACUGCUGUCAUUUUGUUGAUUACCUUAUAUGAAAACAAUUUAUUUAAAAUAAUUUUUUAUUUUAUAACUUGCAUGAUUUUAUUUCACACUGCUGAUUGAUAAUUUUAAAUGCAUGAUAUGUACUCACUUACAUCUGACCCUUGGGUUUUACUAUUUUAAAUCUUUUAAAUGGAAUUUUGUACCCUUCCUGAAGUCCAGGAGAUACUUUAAAAUAUUUUUAGGAGUUAAAAAACAGAAACAUAUAUUAACCUUAAUAACAGCAUUCCUAUUGACAUAUUUAAUCAGGGUAAUGACACAGUAAGUAUUAUGAACAAGAUUAAUGAAUUAAUGUUAAGGUAUAGAUCAAUUCAUUGGACAAAAGUCUAACCUAACAUGACUAUCAAUAUUUAAAAACAUCAAAACAGAAGGAAGGUUAAAAUAAACACGUUCUGUUGUAUCUUGUUAGCCACCUUAAUGACUUAAAUGCAUCUCAUUAUUUAUUUGCUUUAUUGUGUGGCCCAUGUGGGUUACGCCCGUCAUCCUAGUUUCCAGUAUUCUGCGUGCUGCACAAUCUAAUUAUGAAAGUUUUCCCAUUGAUGUGAAUAGAGCCAAUGAUAAAAAUGUAUUUUGUUUAACCACUUCGUAAAUGUUACCACUGACUGUGCUUCUCACUCGAAAAUAAAACCAGUUUUUUUUCUCUAGCUUAUCAACAAUAAGAGAGAAACUACGUUUAAAUGUUGGUUACCUAAGUCUUUUUUUUUUUUUUUUGGCCAUCUUUAUGUACUGAUCGGGAAUUUAAGAAGUUUAUGUAAAUUUUAUUUUUCAAAAUUAUUGUAAGGCUGUUUUUGUCCAUAUUCAUUUUUUUUAAAAUACAGAUGUGCUUCUCACUCGAAAAUAAAACCAGUUUUUUUUCUCUAGCUUAUCAACAAUAAGAGAGAAACUACGUUUAAAUGUUGGUUACCUAAGUCUUUUUUUUUUUUUUUGGCCAUCUUUAUGUACUGAUCGGGAAUUUAAGAAGUUAAUGUAAAUUUUAUUUUUCAAAAUUAUUGUAAGGCUGUUUUUGUCCAUAUUCAUUUUUUUUAAAAUACAGAAAAUGAACGGCUGUUAAAAAUAAACAUUGUAUAACAUGAUGUGCGUUUAUCACUAAAGCAGACCUGUUUACCCUCAAACUCUUAAAAUCGUACAAUAUCAUCACAAAAUCGUUCAAUACCUUAGAUUUAUAGUAAAAAAUAAACAUACGUUAUAUAUAAUGUUUACACCUCAAAAUCGUAAGAGUAAACAGGUCUGCUAAAGGUUAAUAAGAUGUGUGAAAAGGGGAAAGAAAUGUAUAUUUAUUUAUGUAAUAAUUUCGAACAAAUAUUUUUUAGAAGAAAAAACACCAUUAGUCAUUCUACUGUUAAAGUUUUUAAAAAAGCAAAGUAUUCUUUUUUUCUCUAUUUUUGUUAUAAUCAUCGUCAAGCACUUAAAAGUAUUGCUACAAGACAAUGACAAAGGUUUUUUAUCUAAUUUUUUAAAAUUUCAGUAUACAUUUUAUACACAAAAGGCAUUGUAAAUUGUAUCAUUCCCAAUUUUUUAGUUUAUAAUAAUUAUGUCGUUUAAAAAAUGAAAGGCUCACAUCAUUACAGCUGUUACAAGACACAAAUUUGUUUUGAAUGUUUAAAUAUGUUAUUUCUAAAUGUUGGCGAAGCUUAUUGCUUAAAAACACACUAAUCUCUUUCUUAAAAAUAUACCUAGGCCAUAAAAAAAACAAGAAAGCCUCAUGUCAUAAUCAUUUAUAGUUUAAUAUAAAGCUUAUAAAGAGAAAACCUUUUUGAUUUUCCUUAACUGUCAUUGUAGUUGUAGGUUUGGAAAUGUCAUUGGCAAUAGCAACAGUCCAUCUGUUACCUGUACCUGUGUAUAAUUUAGUAGUUUUCUCUUGUUUAAUAAUGACUUCAGUUGAAAUUAAAAUUCAAGUUAAUAAUAUAUUAAUAAUAUAACAAGUAUUGAACUUGUAAAAAUAAUUUUAUUCUUUCUAAUUUAUUAGUAUUAACUGUUAAAUGAAGCAUUGUUUAAAAUUUAUUUCUCAACUAUGCCUGUAGAAAUUUAUUUUUGUGGUAAAUUGGUCAUAAUUUGACUUGUAAUUAUCUGUUUAAUCAUACCAUAAUCUGUUUUUUUAUAUGAGCAUUUUAUAAAGCGACUACAGUACGAAGAUGAAGAAACAAGACAAAUCAUCUGAUCUAGUCUUAACCAUCAUUUGCUUAACUGCGACUAUUAUACAAUCACAUUUUUUACCCUGCUUGUUUCUCAGGCCAUUUUUCUAUGUAUUUUAUAUGAGUAUGAGUGCAUUUUUUUUAUCAAGUCAUAUUAUUAACAAAAAUAAUUUAUGUGGGUUUUUUUACUAUAUGUGUGCAAAAUCUGUUUUUAGUUGAAGCAGAUUCCACCACUGUGAUAGACAGAAUGAUUUUCACUCAAUUUUAAUAGCCUAUUAACAACAAAAUUGAUUUGUCCAACAUUAAAAUCUUAC